UUAACAAACCAAAAAUAACAAUUAAAGUAAUUGUGAUUCCCUUGAUUUUAUCUCUCUGAUAAAGUCGCCUCUUUCGUCGCAGCAUAGUCUUCGCCAUCAGAAAAUUCUCGCAAUUUUUUUUUUUUAAUUCUACACCAAAACCUCAAGAGCUUCCAAAGAUCAUAGCUUCUUUUUCUCUGUUUUGGGUGUCUUGAGCUGCCAUACACUCACUGAUCUUCGAACUGUCUCGAAAACUUUAUAAUACUAAAGAUCAAUGGGUUGUUGCUGUUGUCUACCGAGUAUACCCGAAAACUCUAGAACUAUAGAUGAGCAUGUUCCCUUAUCUCUUGCACCGCCUUCCUCUCUCUCUAAUACAUACACUUCACCGCUUUCUCCGCCUAUUCCUCUAGCCUUCUCCAAUAGAAAUCUUCAAACUACUACACAGAAAUUACCAAUAGUUCAGAGCAAUUCUAGCGGAGUAGCCCCUGGAAUCACACAGGUUGUUCCAGAGAAGCAAACAUGGCCUGUUGAUGAUCAUAAAACUGAUCUUGAUCUAAAGAAAAAGGAUCGAGAAACAAUCGAUGAGUGUCCAAUUUGCUUAGAAAAAUAUGAUAUUGAGAACCCGAAGUUGCUCACUAAAUGUGGCCACGAUUUUCAUCUCGCAUGCAUUCUUGAUUGGAUGGAAAGAAGCGAGGCGUGUCCUGUUUGCGACAAGGAAUUGGUACUCCCUGAAUCAUAAUCAGAUAGAACAAAACAAAAAGUUCGAAAAAUGGUACAAAAGAUUUGAUUAAACUUGCAUCAUUAGGAGUUAGCUAGCCUGGUGGUAUGAUGAACAUUCAUUGUUUCUCUUGCAACAUUAUUCACAAGCUUUGUGUUCUUUUUAUUGCUUUUUUUUCUCUUCUUUAUGUAGAAAUUAUAUUUGAUUGUUUGAUAUCCUUUCUUUGAAAAACUAUUCAAGAGUUGUUUCCUCAA